AUCGAUACCCCGAGGAUCACACGCACCAACUGAACCUGUGUACAACACUAAUGACAAUUCCAAACGGACUGGGCGUUCUCUCGCCGGCUGCGGAGGCUCGCGGGGGCAGCGGCUGCCGGAGCUCGCACGGCCCCUGGGGGUAGGGAGAAGCUCCGUUCCCGGGCCGCGGGCACGGCGGCGGCGCACCCGGAACGCGCCGCGGUCGCUGGGCUCUGACGGGCCUAGCCCGGGCCUCCUCCCGGCCUAUCCUGGGGCUCCUGCCGGCCCAUCCCGGGGCCCCUCCCGGCCUAUCUAGGCCUAUCCCGGGCCUCCUCCCGGCCUAUUCCGGCCUAUCCUGGGGCUCCUCCCGGCCUAGCCCGGCCCAUCCCGGGGCCUCUCCCGGCCUAUCUCGGGCCCCCUCCCGGCCUAUUCCGGUCUAUCCCGCGGCCCCUCCCGCCCGGUCCCGCCCGGUCCCGCCCGCUGCCCCGGCACUCGCCAUGGCCCUGCCCGUCGUACACAGGUGCCUUCAACUCACUGAUGAAAAUGAGCAGCUAGUCAAGAAGGUGAAAAAACUACACAUAAAAAAUAAGGAGCUGGAAAAGAAUCUGGGUCAGAUCCAAGAGCAGCUGAAUCUGCAGCAGUUAAUGCAUGUCUGUGGCACAAGCAGAGAUGUUCAGGUUCAAACAGAAACCCAUUUAUGGCAUAAGGGUGGAGACAGCAAGGAUCUGGUUCUAGAGAGUGACAGUGUCAGACUACUUCAGAUGUAUAAUGACCUACAGAAACGUUAUGUUAAUGAAAGCAAAACAAACAAGGAGCAAAGUGAGGCAAUUAAAAAUCUCACUAUUAAAAUUAAUGAGCUAGAGCAGAAUCUUCAAGAGCAGAGACAAAGAAUUGAGCAACUGGAAUGUAAAAAGGUUUCUUGGAAAACUAGUGCUGUUUCUGGAAAACGAAGUCAAACCCCAGAGGGAGGAGUAACUUCUCACAGGGACAUUUCUGCAAAGAAGGAAUCCUGUUGCAGUAGAUACUUAGAGCUAUUGUUGAAGGAGAUUAAAAAGCUGAAGAAAGAAAAUGGAAAAUUGUCUGCAGAAAAGAGAGCACUAAAAAAUGAAUUGGCUGGAUUAGACAAGGAUUUUUUUGAAGAGGUAGAAGAUCUAAAACAUGCUGUACAGGAAUCGGUGAAACUGAACAAUGAGUAUGAAAAGUGCUUGAAACAAAUAAGUGCAAUAUAUGGACUCCCUUUUACAGCACAUUUGUAACUGCUGGGUAAUUUAAUGCCAGGUAGAGUUUCCAUAUAUUUUUUAUACUUGCUGCAACAUUUAAACCUACCAUUGCUUAAGUGGUACCACAGUUUGAUAAUAAAGAUUCAGUAAUGUCAUCUCAGUAUGACAAGUGCUUGGAAAUGUAUUUUGUGACCUUGAUUUUUUUUUGUUGUUUAUAUAUUUUUAAAUAAACUGUGAUCUGCUUAACUUCAA